AUGAAAAAUAAUUUACCUUCUUCAAUUUAAACAUUAAAAGGAAAAUGGAUAUCCCCUCACAUUUAUAAUUUAUAAAUAAACCGUCCAGAAAAAUUAAAUAGUAUGAAUUUCUAAUUUUUUGACGAAUUACCAUAAGCUGUAAAAUUUCUUAAUGAAUAAAAUGAAUUAAGAGUAGUAAUAUUGACUGGAAACGGAAAGCAUUUUUCAGUAGGACUAGAUUUAACUGAAUCUAUGCUUAGUCAUAUCGAUGAAAAAAAUGAUCAUGCUAGAUAAUCUAUAAUGAUAUACAGUUUAAUAAAAAAAUGGCAAAACUCAAUAUCAUCAUUAAGUAAUUGUCGUGUACCUGUUAUAGUAGGAAUUCAUAAUGCAUGCAUUGGUGGUGCUAUUGAUUUAAUUUCAGCUUGUGAUAUUAGAUAUUGCACUAAAGAUACUAAAUUUUGUAUCAAAGAAGUUGAUAUUGGAAUUUGUGCAGAUUUGGGAACUGUUUAAGUAAUUUUUUAUUUAUUUUUAAUUAUUUUUUUAUAUAAAAAGCGUAUACCUUUACUAACUGGUAAUGAUAGUAUUUUUAGAGAACUUAAUUAUACAGGAAGAACCUUUGAUUUUUAAGAAGCCUAAUAAUUAGGUUUAAUUUCUAAAAGUGUUGAAAACAAAGAUGAAAUGAUGAAAGAUUUACUUAAACUUGCUGAAGAUAUUUCAAGUAAAAGCCCUGUUGCUGUAUGGACUAUUAAAUAAUCUCUUAAUCAUGAUCUUAAUUAAAUUGUAGAAAAAAAUCUUGAUUAUAUUGCAAGGAUUAAUGCAGCAAUGUUAAAUACUACGGAUGUUUAGGAAUGUGUUAAUGCAUUUUUUUAAAAAAGAAAACCCAUUUUUCCUAAAUUAUGAUAAUUUUAUAUUUAAUUUUUAUUUUAAUUUUG